GUUUAGUGUGUGCGGGACCCUAGUGUUGUACGGACGGCGUGUGUGUGUUCGUGUGUGUACGUGGGUUUGUGUACGUGAGGCGAGAAGUGUCUGUCCGUGCCUCCGUCAGUCUGUCAGUCCGUUGUUCCGAGGCCCUGUCAGUCUGUCAGCCGUGCCGUCAGUCCGUCACAUGGUUGGAAUUAGCCAUAUGGACAGUCCCUGGUGGAGUCAGCAAGUCAGCCACUCAGAUGGGCAAUAAGUCAGCCGUUCAGCUAGCAAAUCAGACUGUCAGCCAUUUUACAACCAGGAAGUCAGCAAGUCAGUAAUCAGUUAUAUAGACACUUAGAGACCCAGUGAAUCAGUCAGCCAUUAAGACAUCCGUAAGUCAACCAUAUAUACCCAACCAGACAUCACCCAACCAUCCAAUCAACCACGUGACUUCAAAACUUUAAAAACUCCCUGCACUUCAGAAAACAAACCUGAAAUCACUCAGAAGACAUCCACUCAGUUACCUCAACCAGUCAAGCCACUAGGGGAAGCCGGGAAGGAAGCCACGCCGCCUGCCGCCCCUAGCCAGCGAGCCUCAUUUACCCAGUGGUAGAAGAAGUAGUACGUUGCAAAUUCGACAUACAGACGGAUAUACACGCUUGUUUAAAUAUGCCACGGGUUUACUAAUAUGGUUCUGCUGACUGCCAAAAGCUGGAGGAAGCGUGUACUCUGACAGCCGCGCAGAGAGAGAGAGAGAGAGAGAGAGAGAGAGAGAGAGAGAGAGAGGGGCGUAAGGGAUGGUGACUACAGUAAAGGAAAUGAAAGGAAGAUGAAACAGAUUCCCAGCGCUUCUUUCACACAGGAGUUCUGCAGAAGGCCUGGGUAGGGCGGGGACUUUGACGCGGCCUUAGAGGAGCGAGCCGCGUCACAACACCCCGCCUCAAAGGGUCAUGAAGCUUCGACCUCCCUGAAGCACCGCUUGAACUGGAGUCUCGUUGCUUUAUCGCCCCCCAAGAACUAGUAAGCCUUCGUCUGUGUUGGAAUCUCAAAUGUUUUCGUUCUUUGUCUCCAGCCUCUGAACUUUUAAAGGACUUGUGUGUUUGUCUGCAGAGGUUCUUAUGAGAAACUUAAAUCCUUGAACUUUAAGAAGAAAAUUUUUUUAUUAAGCGACAUAGAAGGAAAAAAAAAGGAAAGAACUUGUAUUUUUGUCUGGUGAAACGCUCUCGAAAACUUACUUAUUUGAACUUUUGAGUUGUAACUUGUCCUUUACGCAAUACAAAAGGGAAAGGAGUAAGAUUUUGAUAUUUGUCUCGUGAAACACUUUCGAGAAACUUACUUUUUGAACUUUAAGAGGAGAAACUUGUCUCGUAAGUAAUACAGAGAGAAAGAAAGAAAACGGAGACUUUGUGUAUACUUGUCUGUUGAAACACUUGAGAGGAACUUUUCUUUUCUUUCUCUAUAAAGAUGAGAGACUGCCAGUGAAGUAAUCUAGAGCGAGAGAGAGAAAAAAAAGGAAGAGAAAAUAAGAGAUACAUUUUCUUCCUCUCUCAGCUGAAACUAAAAAAAAAAAACAUCAAAUGAAACUGAUUCGAGAUUGAAGAGUAAAAAAAUAGUUAAUAAAUAAGUAAAUAACAGCAAAUCAAGAGAAAACGAGACUGUGAAAGAGAAAUUACAUACCAUUUACCUAACUCCCCAGAGAGAGAGAGAGAGAGAGAGAGAGAGAGAGAGAGAGAGAGAGAGAGAGAGAGAGAGAGAGAGAGCACUUAAGGACUAUCAGAUCAGCAUCAACACACAGACCUUGGCAUCUCCCGGCAUCUUUUGGCACCCUCACUUUGCACCUGCCCGAUAAAUUGCUCGAAAAAAAGUCAACGAAAUGCAUGCGGCCCUCGAAGCCUCAGCAGCACGUUAAGCUUCACCAUUGUCCCCAUAAAUCCGCGUAACGAACCCCCGAAGCCUCAAAACAUGGCGUCACGAACCAUCGGUGAAGCGUAGAGCUGAGAAAUCUGGGCAAAAAAAAAAAAAGGGGGUAAAAAAAUAAGGAAAAGAGGAGAUAUUUGGAUAAAGGGAAGAGAUGGAAGUGAGAUUAAGGGAGAUAGAGAUGAGAGGAAAGUGUGUGGAUGAUGAGAGAUUAAGAGAGAAAUAAGGAAGUAAGAGACGAGGAAAGUAUAUAGAACUUUGAACUUGGUAAGGAAGAAAAUAGACGAAAGAGUAAAUAAAUGAAGAUGAGAUAAAGUUAGAAAUAAAAAAAGGAAAAAAAAACAACAAACGAACGAAAACAAAAAUUUGAAGGAAAAGACACAAAAAAUAGAAGGUUGAGAGAAAAAUGGAAGCUAGAUAAACAAGGAAAAUAAGAGGAAAAGAGAAAAAGGCACGAAAAGACGAAAAGCGAGACUGAAUAAAGAAAAUAAAGAGGAGAGAACGAAAGAAAAAGUCUGACGAAAACGAAAAAAAUAAGAGAAAGCGAAGAAGGAACGACGAAGAAGAAAACAAAAGAAAAUAAAAGAAAAAAACAAAAAAGAAAUCAAACAUAAACGAAAUAUCGAGAAGAAAAGAAAAUACGAGGAAAAGAGAAAUCAAAACUAGAAAUAAAGCACGUUAAAGAUAGAAUAAGGAAGAAAAGGAGGAUAAGAGAAAAAAAAAAAAAGGACAGAAAAAGGCGAAGGAGAUAAGACAGUGAGCUAGAGGCCUUCAGAACACCUGACGGAAUCUUUCACCUUCACCGCCUCCUUCAGCGUCUCCCCCCAUCUCCUGCUGCACCUUACCCCCCCUAACCCCGCCCCCAUGGAUAUUGAAAUGCUGUGGGGGUGGACGCCUAUGUUCGCGUCGGUGGGGAGCGUGGAGGAGCAGCCCAGCCCAGCGAGCGUGGCGGACCCGUCCUCCCCCGCGGACCUCCCGCCGCAGGUCACCCACCAUCACCUGCACCCCACCCCCGCCUCCACCCCGGUGCAACAGGAGGCCGUGAAGCAAGAAAUACAGGAGGUCGUCGCCAGCCCCAGAAUACCUUCUCCCGUGGGACUGGGUAGCCCCUGCCGGUCCCCGGGGGAGAGUGUAGCUGGCGGCGAGGCCACCAUGUUCCCCCACCAGGCAGCUGCGGGCACCACGCCCGCCUCGGCCACAAGCAGCGUUGCGCAGGCGGGCGAGGCGCAGAAGGUGCAGGUGUACCGCGGCUCCUUCACCACGGGGCCGCAGACCUCGGCUCUGGGAGGGCCGCAGGUCACCACGCCCUCGCCUACCACCAUCAACACCUGGCUAUUCCCCAACACCCCGCACGAGAAGACGGUGUUCACGCCCUUCCUGGGGUUCCUGCCGCAGCCAGUCAGCAGUAGCCAGCAGGUUCUGCCAGACUCCCCAGUCACCCUGGCGCAGUCCUUCUCCGGAUACGAUGACAGGCUGCCGGCCAUCAACAUCUCCACCGCGGAUCUGCUGCCGCCCUUCGACACGCAGCCGGCGGGGACGCUCAAACAGGGUCACACCUACCCGCCCUGCUCCUCCACGGCUGUCGUCACCACCUCGUCGGUGGUCGCAGGGCAGCUGCAGCAGCCCCCUCAGCUCCCCCUCCCCCGGCGCGCCACAGCAGCCACCUCCCCCACAGCCGCCUCAACCGCAGCAGCAGCAGCAGCAGCAGGCGCAACAAGCACAGCAAGCACAACAAGUACAGCAACAAGCACAACAACAAGCACAACAAGUACAGCAGCAGCAGCAGCAGCAGCAGCAGCAGCAGCAAUUGGCGGGCGUGGCCCAAGCGGGGACGUCCCAGGUGGACUUCGGGCGGGGCAUGGUGGGCAGCAAGUUCCAGUACCCAUCACAGUUCACGCAGGUGUUCAGCGUAGGGGGCGUGGCGGAGCCUGUGCCAGGGCCCUCGGGCGUGGUGGUGCCCAAACAGGAGCCCGUGUACCACGAGUCCGCCAACCUGGCAGAGUACAACCAGUCCACCAGCAAGGGCCACGAGAUCCUGACGCAGGUGUACCAGUCCACGCAGGUGCCCCUCAAGUUGAUCCCUGUCAAGCCGCGGAAGUACCCCAACCGCCCCAGCAAGACGCCCGUGCACGAGCGCCCCCUACGCCUGCCCAGUCGAGAACUGUGACCGUCGGUUCUCCCGCUCCGACGAGUUGACGCGACACAUCCGCAUCCACACGGGACAGAAGCCCUUCCAGUGUCGGAUAUGCAUGCGGUCCUUCUCGCGCUCCGACCACCUCACCACACACAUUCGCACGCACACGGGCGAGAAGCCCUUCUGCUGCGACAU